AGGUUCAGCUGACAUAUAAUGAUGAGCAGUUGCUCUGGCAACAGAUCUACAUGCACUUGCGCUACUAUAACACUCCUAACGAGCAGCGGCACAUCGUUCGCAUCCUCUUCAUCGUGCCGAUCUACGCCUUCGACUCGUGGCUCAGCCUGCUAUUCUUCACUAACGAGGAGUAUUACGUUUACUUUGACACCGUCCGCGACUGCUAUGAAGCGUUUGUCAUCUAUAACUUCUUGAGUUUGUGUUACGAGUAUCUGGGUGGUGAGAGCGCCAUCAUGGCUGAAAUCAGAGGAAAACCCAUCCAGUCCAGCUGUGUUUAUGGCACUUGUUGUCUGUGGGGCAGAACGUACUCCAUUGGCUUUCUGCGCUUCUGCAAACAGGCGACGCUGCAGUUCUGUGUGGUGAAGCCGCUGAUGGCCAUGAUGACCGUCAUCCUGCAGGCCUUCGGGAAAUACAGAGACGGAGACUUCAAUGCGGCCAGCGGUUAUAUAUACGUGACCAUCAUCUAUAACAUCUCGGUCAGUCUCUCGCUCUACGCUCUCUUCCUCUUCUACUUCGCCGCUCGUGAUCUGCUGGAGCCGUACGGCCCCAUGCUGAAGUUCCUCAUGGUCAAAUCCGUCAUCUUCCUCUCCUUCUGGCAGGGGAUGCUGUUGGCGAUUCUGGAGAAAUGCGGCGCGAUUCCUCGCAUAAACUCUCCUGAUGUCAGCGUGGGGGAGGGGACUGUUGCCGCCGGUUACCAAAACUUCAUCAUCUGCAUCGAGAUGUUCUUCGCCGCUCUGGCGCUCAGACACGCGUUCACUUACAAGGUCUACAUGGACAAGAGACUCGACAUUCAGGGUUGUGUUCCUGUCUAUGGCCAGUACGGUCGUUGUGCUCCCAUGAGCAUCUCCAGCAGUCUGAAAGAGACGAUGAAUCCGGGUGACAUGCUGCAGGACGCUAUCCAUAACUUCUCUCCGGCGUAUCAGCAGUACACACAGCAGAGCCGCUCUGAGCCACUGAGCCGCUCCAACAGCUGCAGCAACGAGAAAACACUGCUGCUCAGCUCUGACGAUGAGUUCUGACGCGCUCGCGUUCACUUACAAACACCAGUGAGACGAUGAUCACGAUGCCUACAUAGACAGCAUGUUUAGACAGCAUCAGUGCUUCCAGACAGAACGCAGUAAAACUACUGUAUGCUACCUUGCGGUACGUCAUUUGUGGCCAAAAUAUCGAGAGAGAAUACUUGAAUCCAGUAGUUCUCAAACCUUUCAAAUGAAGUUACCACCUUUGAUCAAAUCAGAGCACAAAUCAUUCUAUUAACAGUAGUGGAAGAAUGUUCUGGCAAGGUUCUCUCAAAGUUAUGAACAAAUG